CUGGGACCGAUCGCGCCCGCUCCGACCCCGCAGCGCUCCGGCCUGACACCAUCCCCAGGAGGAGCUGGUGCCUCAGCCGGGCACCAUGACAGCGCUGUCCCCCAACCUGUCGUGCCACCACUCCAUCGACGACUUCCGCAACAGCGUCUACUCCACGCUCUACUCCAUGAUCAGCAUCAUGGGCUUUGUGGGAAACGGCGUGGUGCUGUACGUGCUGAUCCGCACCUACCGGCAGAAAACGGCCUUCCAGGUCUACAUGCUCAACCUGGCCCUGUCCGACUUCCUGUGCGUGCUCACCCUGCCCCUGCGCGUCAUCUACUACGUGCACAAGGGCCACUGGUUCUUCAGCGACUUCCUGUGCCGCCUCUCAUCCUACGCGCUCUACGUCAACCUCUACUGCAGCAUCUUCUUCAUGACGGCCAUGAGCUUCUUCCGCUGCAUUGCCAUCGUCUUCCCGGUCCGCAACAUCAGCCUGGUGUCGGAGAAGAAGGCGAAGUUUGUGUGCGUUGGCAUCUGGGUGUUUGUCACCCUGACGAGCGCGCCCUUCCUGCGGAACGGGACGUACCAGUAUGGCAACAAGACCAAGUGCUUCGAACCGCCAGAGAACUCCCAGAAGACAAACCUGGUGGUGAUCCUGGAUUUCAUCGCCCUCUUUGUGGGCUUCAUCUUCCCUUUCAUUGUCAUCACCAUCUGCUACACCAUGAUCAUCCGGACCCUGCUGCGGAACUCCCUGCGGAAGAAUGAGGCCAACCGCCGCAAGGCCGUGUGCAUGAUUGUCAUCGUCACCGCCACGUUCCUGGUGAGCUUCACGCCGUACCACGUCCUGCGCACGGUGCACCUGCACGCGCUGCGCCUGCGGGGCCCCGGCUGCGGGGACACCAUGUUCCUGCAGAAAGCCGUCGUCGUCACCCUGCCCCUGGCCGCUGCCAACUGCUGCUUUGACCCCCUCCUCUACUUCUUCUCCGGGGGCAACUUCCGGCAGAGACUCACCACGCUGAGGAAGGCAUCUUCCUCCAGCUUGUCGCAAGCCUUCAGGAAAAAGAUCUCUGUGAAGGACAAGGAUGAGGAACCCUUUGGAGAAAGCCAGAGGGAGAAUGGAAGGGCAGCAGUGGCCCCUCUGUAAGGAGGUUAAACCUUCCCCUCAGAGUUCUGGUGGGGGAUUGAGAUCUCAGAACUCUUCCAGAAGAUGGGAUGGAGGCUUGCAAGCCUUUGUUGAUGUUAAAUAACUGUGGACAGUCCCUGGUUUGUGGUACUUGGUGGCAGAGCCACUGCUGGGGCUGGGCAGCCCCUGGAACCCCCAGAGCUACAUGGGACAGAGCAGCCACCACCAGCAAACUGUGGAGCUGCUGCUGAACUCCCAAAGCCCCUUCCAAGGCUGUAUUUGGGCAUUUGCUUCGUUUCACAACUCUCCAAGAGCAUUAAUUCCCCGAGCCAGUGGGAAAUGUAAACAAAGCUUGCAGCGGGUGGGGAGCUCCUGACAAACGAGGGCAGAGUUUUCACUGGAUCUUCAAACACCCGCCAAGUUAUUUACACAGCGAGGUCGGGAUAAUUCCUGCCCUGCUCCCAGCUGCCUCUGAAUUUUGGUUUUUAUGAUCAUUAUGUGUGUUUUAGGCUCCCAGGGCUGUGCCUUGGCUGCAAAUCAGGAUGGGCCCCUCUCCCACCCCCACCAAGCAGCUCGAGAUGCUUUGGUGGGCAGCACAUUUGCCAGUAUUUUCCCAAUUUCUAGAAAAAUCUGUGGGAUCAGUUGUAAAAUUGCAGUAUCCUACUGUGCAGGGUAACUCAGGAAUAAGGAUAAGAGGGAAACUUAUUUCAGUGGGACUGGUCCUGAAGUGAUGGCUGCACAAUUCAGAGUAUCGCUCCAGUUUUUGGGGAAGUUUUAGGUAAAAGUGGAGCUCUGCGUGCUCAGAGUCAGAUUUGCCUUUCUCAACUAUUGGCCAAGGGUGUUACAUUAAUAAUAAAUAAAGCUCUCUCUAGGAUGUUUGAUCCUGUUCCAGAGUGUUCACCUCACCCACACCUGGCAGCAAAGAGGCAACACGAGGCCCUUGGAAAGAUCUUUAGGAAGAGCUGGAGAUCCAAAAUCUGAGUCUGGAUGAGAUGUAAUGCUGAAAAAACAUUGGGCCAUGUUUCUUCUGUAAAGAAAAACUUCAAACUCUUAGAUGGAGAGAAACAUUCCCGUACUUUUCCAGGAGAUCUGCAGGAAGGUAGCACUCCUGCCUCUGCUGGAGCAGAGCCUGGCCAGAGAUCUGCAACACAUCCCAGCAGAAAUAGAAAUUCUUGUAGGAUUAAAGCUCUCAGUUGGAGAAGGAGUUGAUAAAUGAACAGCAAGUGUGUUUGGAUAUGGUAUUUAUGAUUAUAUGGUUACUCGAUGUUAUCUGGAAUAAAGAAAACAGUUUUAGUAGUGAAGAAUAACAGUGAGCAAAAGGAGUUUGGCUUGGAGAAAUUAUCUGCACACAUAAUUAGAGUGUGAAUUCACAGCCCUGGCUCAGAAAAGGCACUUAAAAAACCAAAUUCACCUGCAGGACAAAUGUGAAUUUCCAAGGAGAUCUGAAAUUCCUUUGUUAAAUUUGAAGGAUAAAGUGGCAGAGGGCUGAAAGCUGCUGCUGUAGAAGAGAGUUAGAGACCCCAUAAACCCCCAGAGGGCAGAGCCAAGAGUUCAAAGCCAGAACUGCAAAUCGUUCAGGGAAAGGAAUUGGAAGGAUUUCCAAUUUUUUGAGGGAAAAAGUGGAAGAAUUGGCUAAAACUCCUUUUCAGGGGUCAGCAUUGAGUAGUCCACUUGUGUCUCAAGGCUUUAAAGGCAUUGUGCAACUGUAAAUAAAAAUCCUCAUGGGAAACAGUUUCAGAAUAUGCAGGAAUAACAUGUCCAUUCCUAAAGUUUAAUAUACUGAACAGUAAAGCUAAAUGUGUAUAUAUAUAUAUAUAUGUAUGUAUAUAUUACAAAGCAUUUUUAUUGUACCAGAGGUAUUUUUUUAACCCUUUGCCUUUUUUUUUUAUUUGAAUGAGACAAUGGUAAUGGCAAAGGAAAUGGCAGCUUUUUUCUUUCUCUUUUUUUUGUGCAAUAGGAAAGCCAGUUUUAAAAAACAUUCCUGAAAAUGAAAUGGAAACAUUGCAAGUGAAAUUUUAAUGACUGUUUUUUCUGUGGCUUGUUAUAAAGUCUCUGUUAAAGAUUCUUCUUCCCUACAAUAAAAUUUUACUUGCACACAGCA